ACAUAUGCAUGUAUAUAAAUAUAUUGUGUGUAAAAACAAGCGAGAAUACAUAUUUAUUUUUGAUUCCAAUUGGUGUGAUAUGUGACUACCUCUUAGUGGGCAGAGCAGUCAUUGCAUCAUUCACAGAAUUCAAUUAAAGCAAUGUGGUCGAUUCCUCACUGAAGAAAACAGAGUGAAAAAUAGUUUCGUUUGUUGUUUCUGAGUAUUUAGCAGUUUAAACAAGUUCGCUUGAAAUAUACAAGAAAAAAGACGUGGGACAAAUUUACUUUCAUUAUUUCUUCAAAAUAGAUGUGAUCAUAUCAUCUAUGUAAUUGUAUUUCGUUGCUCGGUUGUAUAAGUGAUUUUUGCGCGCUUUCAAAUUGAAAAAAUAAAAAAUAGUGUUAUAAAAACAUAUAGUAGUUCAAAAUGCAUAUUCAUCCAAGUUCGUCUGAAUCUAAUUUUGGCCAACUAAUUCAGAGGGAAGAAACCGCAGCCAUCAAAAUACAAGCUGGAUUUCGUGGCUACCGCGUAAGAAAGCAGAUGCAAAAUCAAUCACAAAUCAAUGCACCGAAUUGCUAUAUACAGGAAAGACAGCAGCAGAUGUCGGAUCCAUUGCAUAUAAAUAUAGGAAAUAGCACAACAUUACAAAAUAUUAACACAACCGCAAAUAAAAAAAGUUCUAAAUUAGAAGUAGAAAUAACUACAAAGGAAGAUCAAUGCGCUACCAAAAUACAAGCAAGUGUACGUGGUUUUUUGGUGCGAAAAAAACAGAAAAUUGCAAUGGAUGCGGCAACAAAAAUACAAGCAGGCUUCCGAGGUUUCAAAGCGCGGAAAGAAGCACAACACUUGAAACAAAAAUAAAAUUAACCUAGUGUAAUAACAUAAGGAGCGCUAGUUACCUGUAAAAUUGACAUGUAUAUGCUAUUUUAAUUAUCUCAAUAUACUUGUUCUGAAUUUUUCUUAAACGCUCUUAGGAAAAAAUAUUUAUUCUUAAUCUGAGCAUAAAACAUAAUUGUUCUGACCGUAGAAUAUUCAGUGCUUUCUACGCUGUUAGUGAUUUGUUUGCUUUUCAUUCACUUAAUUGAUGUAUUUGUUGCUAAUAAUGCCAAAAAAAGUUGUUAUUGAAGUAUUUCAUUUAUAAGCAUAAAUAUACAGAAUUCUAUGCAGGUAUAGUAUAAGCUAAAGCAUUCAUUUGUGAAUCUACAUAUGUACAUAUGUAUGUACUAUGUUGUGCAAAUGAAUUAAUAGAAUGUCUGUAUCUUCCAAUUAGGCGGUCUUUAGAAAUUAGAAAUCAUUUAUACAAAUCCAAAGGCUUACAAUUAAUUUUCCGCCUUAUCAUAAUUUCGUGUUUACAAAAAUUAUAAAUCAUCAAAAUACUAAUAUUUUGCUAUUGGCAGAAUCAAAAUAAGUUUGUGAACUUUUAGGAAUAUUUCUAAUUACUAACAACAUUAAGCCCUUAAAACAUUAUGAAUGCUUAUAUGUCAGUAUGAAUAGUUGUUAAGUUUGGCCACACCGCAAUAAUAUUGCAUUUAUCUAAUGUAAAUCUAAUUCUUUAUUCAUACAUAUAUAAGAUAAUAAAUUAUAAUGGUAACUGUUGAAUUAAUUGUUUUGAAUAAAAGAUGUGUAUGUACAUACCCAGCAGAUUUAAAAGCGAGAUCUCCUGAAAGGAGGAAUGAAGGAGUCCUCCUAUUGACCUCUUUUAGGAACAGUAAGGGAGAUUUUUUAAUUUUGUACUUAUAUUGUGUUUUUUUUUAUUUUUUAUUUUAGUGUUGACCUCCUUUUGUCAUCUUUUAGGAGCAAAAAAGGAGAUUUUAUACUUCUAUUGUGAUUUUUUUUACUUCAUUUUAGUAUUGAUCUCCUUUUGUCCUCCUUUAGGAGCAAUAAAGAAGAGUUUUUAAUUUUUCGUAGCUUAAAAAUCGUACUUUUGAUUCAAAAAUUACAAUUUAACAGGAAAUAAUAACUGUUAAUUUUUGUCUUCAAGCAAUUGUUCAUUUCAACUGUGCUUUUGGAAGCGUGCAGACAUGAUACUAAUGUAAUAGCCAUGCCGCCUGGAGAAAAUAUCAACGCGUCCACCAAUAAUUCCCGAAACACCUCCUCCUGGCAGAAAAACAUGGAACAAAGAAUACGGAAGCUAAAGGACAUAUCGGGGCAGAACACUAUACUCCUGGAGCGGAUUAUUGAUAUAUUGCAACCGAAGAAGAUUGAAUUAAUGAUAUUUCCUAUUAAAAACAUGAAUGAUUUAGCAUCUACAGAGUCCUUGCUUUUGAAUAAACCUGAAGCAGAAAUUGUGGCGUAUCUGAAGCAAAAAUUUUCAAAGAGACCCCUAUAAAAAUUUUGGAUGAAAUGAUUGCGGAGUCCAUGCUCUUAAAAGUGAAUUGGGAUGGAGCCAACAAAAAAGUUGCAUUAAUGAAUUAUGCAUUAAAUUUCUUUACGAGGCCUUAAAAGAUGAUUACUCAUACCCUGAUUUUGAGGCAAAGAUCAAAAAGGCGUUUCAGAAUGUUAGGCUCAGUUCUACAGGAACACUUACAAUAUAAAAACAAAUAAUAGAUUUCAUGUACAUUCAUUUAAUUAAAAAUCUUUAAUAAAAACUAAAAUUAUAAAAAUUUGUUUUUGUUAAAAUAAUUGCAGGUUGAAAAUAAUAUAGGAUUUAUCACAGAGAUCUCCUAUAUCAGUAAUCACAGAGAUCUCCUUUAAGCUUAGUACGCAGCUCUCAAGAAACGUAAAAACUUCAUAUAAAAAAACGCUUAAGAAACGGUCCAGAAACGUUCCUGCGAUAAAGUUACUUGUGCUAGUACGCAGCUCUUAAGAAAGCUAGUACUAAUUUUUAAUACUUUUUUUCAAUAAAAUGUGAAUAUGGCAAACCUGGUUUUGCGAAGAAACAUCAAAUCAUCAAUUGUUUCUUGCAGGAAAUUCGAAGUAAUCGUCAAAUUCAUCCUAAAUCAGUUGAAAUCAUUAUUAUAAAGUAUGUUCCAUUUUGAAAUGUUGUAUAAAACCAACCAAUCAUCAACAACAUUCCUUAAAUCUCAAUGAAAAUAUUUGUGUUACCAUACACAUACAUACAUGCAUACAUACGCACAAAGUUUGUUUACUUUGUUUAUUCUCUCUUGCUCUUCUAAUGUGGAUCAUUCACAAUGCGUAACGAGCUGUCAAAAUUACGUGAGAAAUAAUGUAUUUUUGUUCUUGAGCAAUUACUUGAGAGCUGCGUACCAACCUUUAGGAGUAAUCAUAGAGAUUUCCUAUAGCAGUAAUCAUAGAGAUCUCCAUUAGGAGGUUUAAAGGAGUACUCGCGUUCCAAUGACAUGCAAUGUUAAAAGCGAGUAUACAAUUUUACGUGUAUUUACACACGAGUAUUAGAAGUAAUAGGGAGUAUAGGAUAUUUCCUAAAGGAUUAAUCCAGGAGGUCUCAAAUGAUUAUCCUAAAAUCUGCUGGGUAUGUACGCAUUUACAAACAUUAUUGAACAUGGACAGAUUUAAAUUUAAAUGGAAAGACAGACCGUUACUUUAAAGAGAAUAUACUGUGUACAUUACUAAGAUUUCAUGCAACUGCCUUGUCAAGAAACAAAAUAGUUCGUAUACUCAAACGACUUUUUAUAAGUCAGAAAUAUGACAUUUUCCCUACUCAGUGGAUAUUAAAAACCUAUUGAUUAUAAGUUAUAUAUAAAGGAUUUACAGUGAUAAAUAUUACAUAAAUUAACAGCGAAAGCCUUCUUAAUUUUGAUUGAUUUUCAGUCGAAGUUUCAUUGGUAUUGCCAACAUAAAAAAUAAAAAGUUACAAAUAAUUAAACAGCUAAAUAUUUGUAAAAGAAAAGUAAAAUAAUUCAAUACAGUUAUUGCUCAUUAAAAGGUGGGAAUUAGUUUUGAUUUAUAUUGCGCUAACCAGAGUGGCGGAUUAAACCAGCGCGGGGCUUGUAGCAAAUUCUGUCAAUUGGCCCUUAGGGUACUAACUAAAACAAAAUUGUUACAAAUAAACCUUUCUGGAUUUAUUGUAGGCAAAUUUAUCCCCUACAUAGGGUUGUGCGCUGCGUUUGGGACCCGCCACGUAAAAAAACAACACCAGCGAAUAGUAACAACCAGCUUCGGAUGAGAGACCCCGCUUUUGAUGACGACCAUGGAAAACGAAAUAAGGACUACGAAUUGAGGGCAUGCACCUGGAAUGUCCGGUCUCUUAAUUAGGAAGGUGCUGCUGCCCAGCUGGUUGAUGUCCUCGUAAAAACAAAGCCUGACAUCACCGCCGUCCAAGAAAUGCGAUGGACGGGACAAGGACAGAGACAAGUAGGUCCUUGUGGCAUUUACUACAGUGGCAAUAUAAAGGAGCGCAAGUUUGGUGUGGUAUUCGUGGUGGGAGAGAGACUUCGUCGCCGAGUACUAUCAUUCACUCCGGAGAAUGAACGUCUAGCCACAAUCCGCAUCAAAGCGAGGUUCUUCAACAUAUCGCUGAUUUGCGCCCGCGCCCCGACGGAAGAGAAGGACGAUGUGACCAAAGAUGACUUUUAUGAGCGCUUGGAGCUCGCUUAUGAGAGCUGCCGCCGCCACGAAGUCAAAAUCGUGCUUGGCGACUUUAACGCCAGGGUGGGCAAAGAAGGUAUCUUUGGCACUACGGUCGGUAAAUUAUGCCUCCACGAGGAAACAUCCCCAAAUGGGUUGAGGCUGAUCGACUUCGCCGGGGCCCGAUAUAUGGCUAUCUGUAGUACUAGAUUCCAGCAUAAGAAGAUUCAUCAAGCUACUUGGCUGUCUCCGGAUCCAAAAACCACCAACCAGAUCGAUCAUGUUGUGAUAGACGGAAGACACGUCUCCAGUGUUUUAGAUGUGCGUGCACUCCGAGGUCCUAACAUCGACUCGAACCACUAUCUUGUUGCAGCUAAGAUUCGCACCCGGCUCUGUGCAGCAAAAAACGCACGCCAACAAACAACGAAGGGUCGACGUCGAGAAGCUGCAUUCACAACAGACAGCAGAACGAUUUUCUACUCGGCUUGCACUCCUGCUCUCUGAGAGCACUUGUCAACAACUUGGUAUAAGGGAACUGUGGGACGGCAUUUCAAACUCUUUACGUACAGCUGCAACCGAAACCAUUGGUUUUCGGAAAGUGCAAAAGAACAGCUGGUACGACGAGGAGGGCCGUGUCGCAGCGGAGAGAAAACAGGCAGCCUACCUCCCAACGUUACGAUCGACCACAACACGUGCGGGAUGGGAUAGAUACCGAGAGUUGAAAAGGGAAGCGAGACGCAUUUUCAGACAGAAAACGAAAGAGGCCGAAAUGCGUGAGUUCGAAGAGCUUGAUAAGCUGGCCGACAGAGGUAAUGCUCGAAAAUUCUACGAAAAAAUGCGGCGGCUUACAGAAGGUUUCGAGACCGGAGCAUACUCAUGUAGAACCCCCCAGCCAGCGAUGCCCAGAGCAUACUUAAAUUAUGGAGGGAACACUUCUCCAGCCUGCUGAAUGGCAAAGAAUGCACAACGCCUGGAGAAGGCGAACCCGAUUCCCCAAUCGAUGACGAUGGAGCAGACGUUCCAUUGCCCGACCAUGAAGAAGUUCGAAUAGCAAUUACCCGCCUGAAGAACAACAAAGCGGCGGGGGCCGACGGAUUGCCAGCCGAGCUAUUAAAACACGGCGGCGAAGAACUGAUAAGGAGCAUGCAUCAGCUUCUUUGUAAAAUAUGGUCGAACGAAAGCAUGCCCAACGAUUGAAAUUCAAGUGUGCUAUGCCCAAUCCAUAAAAAAGGAGACCCCACAAUCUGCGCCAACUACCGUAGAAUUAGCCUCCUUAAUAUCGCAUAUAAGGUUCUAUCGAGCGUAUUGUGUGAAAGAUUAAAGCCCACCGUCAACAAACUGAUUGGACCUUAUCAGUGUGGCUUUAAACCUGGUAAAUCAACAACUGACCAGAUAUUCACCAUGCGCCAAAUCUUGGAAAAGACCCGUGAAAGGGGAAUCGACACACACCACCUCUUCGCCGAUUUCAAAGCUGCUUUCGACAGUACGAAAAGGAGCUGCCUUUAUGCCGAAAUGUCGGAAUUUGGUAUCCCCGCAAAACUAAUACGGCUGUGUAAGCUGACGUUGAGCAGCACCAAAAGCUCCGUCAGGAUCGGGAAGGACUUCCCCGAGCCGUUGGAUACCAAACGAGGUUUCAGACAAGGCGACUCCCUAUCGUGCGAUUUCUUCAAUCUGCUGCUGGAGAAAAUAGUUCGAGCUGCAGAACUUAAUCGAACAGGUACAAUUUUUUAUAAGAGUGUGCAGCUGCUAGCAUAUGCCGAUGAUAUUGAUAUCAUCGGUCUCAACACUCGCGCCGUUAGUUCUGCUUUCUGCAGACUGAAUAAGGAAGCAAAACAAAUGGGUCUGGCUGUGAACGAGGGCGAGGGCCAUGAUAAGAGUGCUGAGAGGUUGCCAAUAGUUGUUUCACGAAUGAACCAUAACCAACUUCUUGCAGUUUCAAAACUGCCAAAUUCAACGGGCAAAGAACAAGCAAUAGCAGUAUAUAAUGCGUUGGAGGAGUGGAAUGUAUCGGAGAAAGUGCAGGCAUUAUAUGGAGGAUGAACAUUGCCGUGAAAGCAUUAACGAUGUAAUCGAUGACAUUGCAGAUUUUGCGGCACAUCAAUUAAAAAAAAGUCUAGUUAGACAAGACUAUCGAGAGCUUUUAGAAUUGACAUUAAUCUUCUUGGAUAUAAAAAGCGAUACACGAAUCCGACUUCGUCCUCCAGGAGCAAUGCAUCAAGCCAGAUGGAUGGCACGCGCUAUUUACUGUUUAAAAAUAUUCCUGUUCCGAGCUCAAUAUCCUAUGCAAGAAGAACAAAAAGCACAGAGGAAGCAGCCGCUUUAGCCUUUUUUGAUGACAGACUAUCAGUAUA